GAAAUCGUGCCGACCGCUUUAUCUGCAAACUCUGCAAACAAUCUCCCGGUGGUGUUUUUUGAAAAAAGUUGAUUUAUUGCGAAGCACUCGUAGUAAUAAAGAAUCCUCCUUAACGAAACGGACAGUCUGGGGAGUUCUGUAGACAGAAAGGUGGGUGGAAAAUGGGUCUGCUAUCUAUGUGUGGCAUUCUGGUGGGUUUUGGCUCGGUGUCUUAUUGCGUGCGGUGGUACUACAUCGGACGGCUGUACGAAAGUCGGCGAAAGUUCGAAAAAGAAGAACUUAUCGUAGUAACAGGAGCUACUUCGGGCAUCGGGCUAGCCACGGUAACCGAACUAGUUGACCGGGGUUGUCACCUGGUGAUUGGAUGCCGCUCGUUGGUCGCUGGAUGCGCCAUCCGUGACCAACUGCUUCUUCUCCGAAAUCCAGCGGCACGUGUGGAGGUGUUCGAAUUGCGCCUUGAAUCGCUGGCCAGCGUCGUCGAGUUUAGCGAAAGCGUUCGUCUCCUUGGAAAGCCGAUCUACGCCUUGAUCAACAACGCGGCGGUGUUUUAUGUGCCACCGAAGCGCACGGAAAAUGGACACGAGUACACAUACCAGGUGAACUAUUUGGCACCAUAUCUGCUCACCUUACGGUUGCUACCGCUACUGAAACAGAGGGAAGGUGAAAGUCGCAUCGUGAACGUUGUCUCGCAAGCCCACCGAGCCAUUGCGGAAGCACGUGUGGACGAGAGUUCCAUACUGACGCCCUCGAACGAUACGGUUUCUACGCGCUUCUGUGCCUAUCAGUACAGUAAGCUGUGUCUCGUGGCAUUCUCACAUCAGUUGGCCCUUCUGCUGUCCACCGGACAAGGACCACUGAGCAGCGGCGUAUCGGUGCACUGUAUCGAUCCGGGGAACGUAGAAACACCAAUCUAUCGACACUUUCCGCCGUUAGCGAACCCCGUGCUGUACUAUCUGCAGAAGCCACUUCGAUUUUUUCUCAUUAAAACACCUCGUGAAGGUGCCCAGGGUAUUCUGUACUGUGUGCUUUCAGAACAGAAGCCACCAUUCUACGUGCGCCGGUUCUGGAAGACGGAUCAAUCCGAUUCCAGUGAUAUUAAUCCGCUCAUUUAUCAACCGACAACCGGCCAAGCAAUAUGGAAACGGAGCCGUCAGCAGUGCAACGACUUCCUACUAGAGAUGAGUGUUUAGUCCCGCUCGUCUACGAAGAUCGUGCCAAAGGACUGCGCAAAGAGCGUGUCUCCUUUCAGCUCACUUCAGUCGAGAAGCCAUCCGAGCUGUGCCGGUGUCUCGUGACUGUUUACGAUGUUCAAAACGUUGAAG